UUGACUACUUGGAAGCUUCACGCGCGUGGAUAAACGUGCCUGCUGAGCCUCCAUAAAUCGCCCCAUUGAUACGAACGAGUUCUUGUUUGCCUCGGUAUAUGAAGCGGGGAAUUAAUCAAAUACACCCAACGUGUACCGAGUCGUGAAAAGGGUCGGUCGAACGACGCGAUGUCGAAUGAUAUCGCUGGUGUUUGGGAGGUCGCCCUGAGCGAUGGCGUGCACAGGAUCGAGUUCGAACACGGGACCACCACCGGCAAGAGAGUCAUUUACGUCGAUGGGAAGGAGGUCCUCAGGCGAGACUGGAUGUUCAAGCUCGUGGGCAAGGAGACGUUCACCGUGGGUCCAGCCGACACCAGGGCGACCAUCAACAUCGACGCAGUCAGCGGCUUCGCCUACGAGUACACGCUGGAAAUCAACGGGAAGAGUUUGAAGAAGUACAUGGAGAACAGGUCGAAGGUCACCAGCACCUGGCUGCUCAACCUGGACGGAAGUGACCUCAGGGUGGUCUUAGAGAAGGACACUAUGGAUGUGUGGUGCAAUGGAGAGAAGAUCGAGACAGCAGGGGAGUUUGUGGACGACGGCACGGAGACGCACUUCACUCUUUGCGACCACAACUGCUGCGUGAAGGCGGUGAGCAGCGGGAAGAGGCGAGAUGGGAUCAUUCACACGCUCAUCGUGGACGGAACAGAGAUAGCUGAGUGCACAGAGUGACUGUGAGCGGCGAUGUGGCAGGCCCCUGUGUGUGUGUGUGUGUGUGUGUGUGUGUGUGUGUGUGUGUGUGUGUGUGUGUGUGUGUGUGUGUGUGUGUGUGUGUGUGUGUGUGUGUGUGUGUGUGUGUGUGUGUGUGUGUGUGUGUGUGUGUGUGUGUGUGUGUGUGUGUGUGUGUGUGUGUCGGGGACCAUUGUUUGGAGAGAAUACUGAGACACUGGCUUCGCACGUUCUCACUGCUUUGUUUUACCUCAGAGGUUUGGAAAUACGUGAAAACUCAUUUCAAACUAUUCCCAGAAUUGUGUAAAUAGUUUUUCUUUUUGAUAGAAUUUCAAACCUACUGAAAAACGACACAUGAAGUAAACAUUUUAACUCCAAGCAAUAAUACACAAUAAUAAGGACUCUCCAGCUUUUCCUUAAAUAAUAAUAAUAAUAUAAAUAAUAAAUAUAAAUCGUAAAAAAAUAUAAAUAAUAAUAGUUUUACAUUUUGAAACCGCCUCACUCUCUGACAUCACACAGCAACAAUAACAUUUGGACUCAAAGUUUAAAAGUUAUUUCAAUCAACUGUCUCAAUUUGUAGCUUCAUUUUUUUCUAAGUAUUUCAGUUUAUAAGCUCAUUUUUUUUUUGAGUUUUUGGAGGUCAAUUAAUUAAAGAUAGUCAACAUCAUAUUUAGUGAUAUGAAGGAAAGCAUUUAUUUAACUACUGUAGAGAAACAACAAACAACAAACAACAUGCAAUGACAUGACAAUGGUAGGAUGAAAGAACAGCAGUUUAACACCUGUCUGAGUAAUAUACUGAAAUUAAAUCAUCUACAGCUGUCAGUUAAGUGUGUUAUGGCCAUCAUCAUCAUCAUCAUCAUCAGUAGUUGUGGCCACUAGCGCACUCUGUUCUACAAUCUACUUCAAUGAAACCCUACCACUGAACUCUGUAUAUGAGGUCACAGAGGCAAGGUUUCGAGAGGUUAUUGAUGUGAGAUCUACAAAAUCUAAAAUGCAAAUCUGACACUUAAAACUCAAAUGUCUUCAAUGUGGAAUGUUUACUUUGGAGUGCAAAACCCCAGGCGAAAUCAAAAUCAUACGCAUAGUUAAAAUCACCCAAUGCACAUCUAUAAAAAUACGAAUGUCCUCUGACAGAGAUUAAAACAAUUCAACCAGAAAAUUGAACACUUGAUGCACAAAAGGUUUGGAGAGUUGAUGAGGUUUCAUGACACAGUGUCCUGACUUUCAGAGGCCACCAGGUGGCACUGUCUGCUGUAUACUGUUAGGACUUCAACAACUAAUUCAGUGAAACCUCACAUCAUUUCUCAACCAAUAGCACCAUCUAGUGGCCUCUGAAAAUAAGGACGCUGUUUCAUCAACCUUGUAAUACUGUCUCAUGAUACCUCAUCCACCCAUAACUAACUAAAAGUAUAUCAAUUUUGUUCAGGGCAUGACUUUUUGACCUCCUGUGCGAUUAUGUUUUACACCCAAACACUGUAGAUGUUGAACACUCAAAAUACAAGAUACACUUGUGCGGCAAAAAUGUGACGGUGAGCAAAACUAAAUUCAUAACUCAAGAAUCCUUCAGAAUACAUUGUUUUCACUACGUACCGUAAAAACACUCCUGACUCCUACUACUAUCAUUUAUGUGUGAAAGAAGCCAUAAUUCAAGCAAUUAAAAGGGACUUGUGUGUUUACAAGCAGUGAAGUCUAUUUCCAUGACUGUGUUUACGUAAUAACCACCAUGGAGUCCCAGAUGUGCCAUGUUUCGUAUCGUCCGUGAUCAGCCUACUUGAUUUAUGUGGCGCCGUCCUCAUCUUGAAACAAGCCAGCAGAAGGUCUCAGCGGGAGUUUUGAACCGUCAACUACAGAUGAAUGUAUCACUAGUCCACUGCUCAGGAACGAUCAGGUCGUCUCACUGUGUCUUCACGGCUGUAGUAGUUUCACUGACAAUCGUGUGUGUCCGUCUCUAAUAUGUUCAAAGCUGCUUAAAAGAAAUCGCUCGCGAAUGAUCCAGAACUAAUGUCAGUUGCUCCGGAGCCUCUGCUGUAUUACACACUGCUGCGUUCAACAAGGAACCAGAGUUGAGUCAUAGUUCUACUCGUGUGCUUCAUGAUGGAGAGUGCUGGGGGUUCCCUGUUUUGAGCCUGCUCCUGGGGCCUCUACUUGUCAGGUGCACCACUCACCAUUUGAGAUCUUUUUGCUCCAUAAUAUGGCACAUUACUACUACAUGUACUUGUUUUACAAACUGCAUAAAAGAUGUUACUAAGCUACAGGGUAAACAGAAUAGAAUUGCUUGACUUCAAGUUUUUACAUGUGUUUGUAGCUGCGUGUGUUUGUAAAAAUAAAGGUUGUCACAUGACUUUCU